AUGUUCUGUCUGACAGCCUUCACUUUCCUCGACUGCAGUCACCCGCCCGCGCAGCUGAUCUUGGAUGCUCUGUCGCAUUCGCCUUCCCUCGCAUCAGUAGAAUUCUGUCGAACGCCUAUCGAUACGCUCACACCUUCCUUUUCGUUCGUCGCACUGGAGAACCUUUCCAUCAAGUGCGGGUGGAAGCUCAUCUCCGUUAACGGUGGCCCUCCUUACGAUAUCGUCACUUAUCGAGCCGCGACGGGGAGUCUCAGUACUAGUCCAGUGCCUGAUUUGUUUACCAAAAUGUCGCAGUCUUUCUCCAGGCGCUCAGCCGAGUUGUCAUUUUCAACUCUCUUCAUUAAGACCAACCUUGCAUUCCUCGAGCGGGUCGAAAUCGAAGGAGCCCUGUUCCCCUUCGGGAUUCUCCAGUCGACACUGUGGCCUCGUCUGCAUACUCUCAUAUUCUACGGCCGCCCUCCGGUCAGCCAGACAGUCCCGCUGAUAUCCUUGUUUGGCGGGAUGCCAAUAUUGCGAGACUUGCAGUUUCGGUGGGCCACACGUCUCGUCGAUCGGCAGGAGCGGUAUAUCUAUGUACCACAGGAUUUGGCCUCGGCUUUUCACAUAGACAUUUCGACCAUGGCCAGGAGUCUUCCUUCUAUUCGGUCGUUGACAUUAUCAAACGUCGUACCCGAAGAUCACGUCUUCAGGUCCUUACCUUCCACUCUCAGCCAUCUGCACCUGCCAACCAUCCUCGAGGACGGCGAGGCCGGAGCCGGCAUCAGGGCAAGUAAUCUACACAACCUGGGGAUAGGACUUACCGGAGCCGGCGCGUCGGCGGUGAUACGGGAGAUCGCAAUGAGCCGGUGCUCCCUGAGGGAACUUCGUAUGACGCUGGCGGACAUGCCCACGCCCGCUUUCAUCAGGGACGUUAGUGUGGCCUUUCAGACUCUGCAGGUCCUCGAGCUUGGCCAGGCAUGGUACGAUGCCUUUGUCCCCGAGCUUGUUUACUCUGAAGCUUCUUAUACAGAAUCUCUGAGCUCCCUCCGGCACAUCCAAGAAUUGCGGCUUGCGUUGCCAUUCACGUCGGAAGGUCGGAAUCGUCGCUUCAUGUGGUUCGGGCCGACAACCGAAGAAUUGGAUAGAGCGAGGCGAUUAGCCACGGUGUUGCUCGGUGUGCGUGUCAUUGCGUUCCAGUGCACCUACGCAAUGAACAAGAUGCUACGGGAAGACUGGAAUGAAUGGGCGACUUACAGGAUUCAACGGGACCAUGCCUCUAUCCCGAGCGUUUCCUGGGUUUCAUCGAACAUAUACUAG